UCCUCCUCUCAGGUCAAAUAGCAAAAAUCAAGAUGCAAAACAUUCAGACGAUAGAGAUGCAGUUACCUGUCCUGCGGGAGAGUUUCCACUCCUCUCCCUUCAGAGCGAGAGUGAAAGAACGGAGAAAAAGCAGCCUGACAAAUCUUAUCAGAAGACAACAGCAACAGUUAUUACGCCAGCAACAACAGUCAGAAUUACAUCAGAAGCAACAGCUGUCCCCAACCUCACAGCACCACACUGCACGUGCUCAGUUGGUCCGUUCCUCCAGCAGCCCAUUAUGCGACCUGCCGGAGCAAACGGAUAGCCAAGAGAAAGUGAAAGAGAUUGGGAGGCAGGGGGAGCUGUCUCUCAGACAGUCCUCAGCUACAGCGUCACAGCCCGCAUCAUCACAGCAGCUGCUCUCGGCGGUGAAGAGAGAGAGAGAGGGAUUAGGGAAGGAGGGGGAGAAAGUGCAAGGGAGUGCAGAGAGGGAUAGAGGAGAGAAGAGAGAGCAUCAGAGAGAACGAGGAAGUCACUCUGAGCAAACACGUUCCCAGCAUGGCCUGAUUGCUAGAGGUGUUCGCCUUCUGAGGAACAUGGGAAACCAGGAGGCCAAGCAAAAGAAGCCUACUGUCACAUCAAGAGUGGAAGGUGCUGGGAAUUGGUCGAGCAUUGAGGACCGAGACCAUGAGCAUCUCAAGAAGAUUAAGAAAAGUAAAUUAUCGGGUGACUCGGGCAAGAAGAAAUACAAAUCGGAAGGCUCCAAAGGUUCUGUAUUUUCCAGCAUUCGUAUUCGCAAGGGCCUAUCCCGGAAAGUGUCCAAAGAGGAUGUACUGGAUGGUGGGAUUAGGGUUAAAAGCGUGGAUGCCAAUGACAGCAGCAAUGGUGGAAUAUCAGGUGAUGAGCUUGAGGGUCUCACUCCAGACAGUAAGCAACUCAUAUCUGAAAGCAGACAGUCGAGCCUGGACAUGACUGAAGAUGAUGUUGAGAGAGAGACUGAGGGAUCAGGGUCGGAUACAGACGUCUACAGCUACCACUCAGCCACUGAGGCUCAAGAUCUGCUGUCAGAUAUUCAGAGGACCAUCAGACAACAACAGCAGAUGGAAGGAGUUACCGAGGGGCAAAACUGUAGUGCUGAGGUCAGUGAAGGACAAGUAGGGUCCGAAGGCCAAGCUGACAUCACUCAGGGUCUUACUAGUUGUAGUGUUGCUUGUAUGGGUGAACCAGAGAAGGUAGAAGGAGUAUCUGUUUCUGACAGCAAAGAACAAGAUCUUAAAUGCAGUAGGGAUACAGUAGAAGGAGUGACAUUAAAGGUAGAACCAAUUGACGAAGUGACUGAUAUUGCAAAUAAAGCUGGACACUUGACCAAUUUGGCCAAUGACUGUAGCAUCCAGGAUACUAUCACUGAGACAAGUAGUGUCCAAGAUAUCUUAGCUGUUACCAAAUCAACCAGUAACUACAGUAUUCAGGAUACUACAACAACAUCCACCUCCUAUGAGAGUGCCGAGGAGAUCUUGGAGAGUUCAUCUUUAUCAUCUCCGCUUGAAGAGUAUCAUUAUGGCAGCAAUAGCCUGACUCAAAGCCUAGAAGUUGGUCUCAAUUUAAGUAAUCAGAUCAGCUCAACGUCCAAAAUCAGCCGGGUCAUUUUCAUACCACAGAAGAGCAUUAGUAGUGUAGAGCUGAAUGUAGAGGGUGAUGGUGGUGUAGAGGAGGUAGAUCGAGGGUAUUCCAACCAACAAAGAAGGAAAAGCAGUGCUGCAUCUAUCACACAGUGGUCAUCUGAGAACUUUUUAGGCUCGGGGUCUCGACCACGUAGAACUUCCAGUGCAAACCUCGGGGUUAAACCUUAUCCCACGAUACACACCUCUUACGUUAAAACAACCACCAGACAGCUCACUUCACCAAUAAUAUCUCCAUUCACCACUCCUUCCCCAAGCCCUAUGUGUCCUCGCAAGGUCGUCUUAGAUUUAGGCUCAGGUCAAGGGUCAUACAGAGCAGGGAGCUGGAGAGCACGGAGACAGCGGUCCUGUAGCAUUGCCGGUCCGGUGGGUUGCCAUGACGAAUGGUGUGAAUCCAUACAUGUUGAAUCAGAGCUUAUUGAGAGUGGCUUCCAGGCCGUCAGAUCGAGGUACACACCCGCUACCUUUCCAGAUGUGUUUUCAGGCCGCUCUCUGUUGGAGAGGUGUUCCGGACAGUGGGGUCGUUCUGAAGAUGUCACACAAGAUGCUGCACAGGAUGCUGAGAGAUUCUGUUCCCGUAUUCUGGCUAUGGGGAUUCUACAGCCAUUCAGUGACUGCAUCAGGGAACUGCCAACAGGAAGUGAUGUCACAGAUAAUACCACUUUCAAUAAAGAGCAGUUGUAUACCUGGGCUUCAGUGGGACAGAAUGAGAUCAGAACACCUGGGCGGCUCCAAGCAAUGUGGCCUCCAUCCCCCACUUCUGCACAGGAUGGGUCCACGGGGCAAUCUGGGAUCGUUCCAGAAGGAACUUCCGUUUCCAUUCAGGAGCUAGAGCGAACAAUUGAAGAAUUACUUACGAAAAUAUCAGAUAUGGAAAAAGACAAUAAUGUAUUGGAUGGCACAAAUCUUGAAACAAGGGAUCGAGAAGUGUGUGAUGAUCAAACUGUCAAACAGUCUAAAGUAAAUGAACAAGGAGUUCCGCACCACGUGAAAGCCAUUCAGACCUCACCUGUCGAGGAAGCCUUUAAAUUUCCAGUGCCUUUUUCAGACCAAUCACAGCCUCCCAAAUUAAGUGACAGCACCACUACACCAAUGGGAUUCCCCUAUACCUGCAGCUGCCAAAGAAAACAGGAAAUCCUUCUCCUUGCACCACCACUACUUCCUGUUGUUUCAGGUGUACCAACACCUUCAGCACCAGAUGUAUCAAUACAUCCACCUCCUCCACCUCCUCCACCCCUCCCAGGUACUGUUCCACCUGCUCCUCCACCUCCACUUGUAGGUGUGGUUCCGCCCCCUCCUCCACUCCCAGGUAUGUCUCCUUCUCCUCCACCACGACUCCCAGGAAUGGCUCCGCCCCCUCCACCAGCUCCACUUCCAGGUAUUGUUCCCCCAUCUCCAAUUGUGGGCAUGGCUCCACCCCCUCCUCCACUCCCAGGCAUGGGUCCACCCUCUCCACCUCCUGGCUGUGGACCUCCACCGCCCCCUCCUCCACCUGGUUUUGGGCCCCCACCACCCUUUGGUCCCCCUCCACCCUUCAUGGGGUUGGUGCCUCCCAGCAUGGCUCAGGAGUCCAUUCCCCUGAAAGCUGUCAUCGAGCCUCCAAGACCCAUGAAACCACUCUACUGGACCCGGAUUCAGCUACAUGCCAAAAAGGAUACCAAAAGUGCUCUGGUAUGGGAGAAGGUUCAGGAGCCAUCCGUAGACUUUGACGAAUUUGUGGACAUGUUUGCCAAAAGUGCAGUUAAGGAAAAGAAGAAACCUAUCUCAGAUACCAUAUCUAAAUCAAAGGCCAAACAGGUUGUCAAGCUGCUGAGUAACAAACGUUCUCAGGCGGUGGGGAUUUUAAUGUCCAGUCUUCAUUUAGAUAUGAAAGAUAUCCAGAAUGCCAUCUUGAACAUGGACUGCACAGUGGUGGAUCUGGAGACGCUCCAGGCACUCUAUGAAAAUAGAGCUCAGAAAGAAGAGAUGAAUCAGAUUGAGAAACAUAUCAGGUCUUCAAAAGAUAAAGAAAAUGCAAAACCACUGGACAAGCCUGAACAGUUUCUGCUGCAGUUGUCAGAGGUUCCUCAGUUCUCAGAACGGGUCUUCUGUAUUCUCUUCCAGUCCAGCUUCACAGAGUGUGUUACAUCAGUUCAGCGAAAACUAGAAACACUUUUAAGAGUCUGUAUGGCUCUACAAUCAGGUCAAGCUGUCCUGCAGGUUCUAGGUUUGGUUCUAGCAUUCGGGAAUAUUAUGAAUGGGGGGAACCGAAGCAGAGGGCAGGCAGACGGAUUUACCCUUGACAUCCUGCCCAAGUUAAAAGAUGUCAAGAGCAGUGAUAAUUCUCAGAGCCUCCUGUCCUACAUAGUUGCUUACUAUCUGCGACACUUUGAUGAGGAUGCAGGUAAAGAAACAUGCGUGUACCCACUUCCAGAGCCUCAGGAUCUGUUUCAGGCAUCACAGAUGAAGUUUGAGGAUUUUCAACGUGACCUCCGCAAGCUACGGAAAGAUCUGAAUGCCUGUUCAGCAGAAACAGAAAAGGUGUGUAAUGUCUCGUCUGUGGAGCACCUGCAGCCCUUUAAGGACCAAAUGGAAGAAUUUCUCACUAGAGCUAAAGCAGAGCUGGAGCUCCAGGAAAAACAGCUCACUGACACGCAGAGGAUUUUUCUGGAGCUGAGCAUGUUUUUCUCGGUCAAGCCUAAGGCAGGAGAGAAAGAGGUUUCACCGAACACAUUCUUCACAGUGUGGCACGAGUUUUCGUCAGAUUUUAAGGAGCUGUGGAAGAGAGAGAAUAAAUACCUACUGAAGGAGCGGUUGAAAGCUGCAGAAGAGACUUUCAGACAAGCACGAGAGAAGGCUACCUACAACGUAAAACCUAAACAUGCAUCAGGAAUAAAAGCCAAGCUGGGACAGAAGAUGUGAACUUUUGCUGUACCGAAUCCCACAAAACUCAUUGUUUCCUCUGUUAUUGAAUUAUUUCUUCUUCCUCUUCUGCUUUUUUUUUUUUUUUACUGUACAGUUACUUCAGCAUAAUUAACCAUGAGACAAUUGAAAGGCUUUGCAUUAUUUUAGUACAUGAACAUGGUCAGAAUUUUGUCAUUUCUGUAGUUUCACAUAAAACAAUCAAAACUUAAGCUAUAAAAUGAAACAAAUGCUUACAAAAGCACUUGAUGAAUAUUUAGUAGAAUCAACAAUCAAACCCACACAGAAUAUGAUAGUGCUGAAAGAUCUGUUGUACCAUGUGUAUUUAAAUAUCGUAAAAUAUGUACUUCAUUCAUAUUUGUUGGAGAAAGCCACAAUAUUUGGAGACAAGAGCAGAUAAAUAGCAGAUUUCAUGUAGGUUGACCAAUGAAGAAAUCUGGCUUUGAAUAAUGUUUAUGCUGACCUUGUUGCCACUGACAUUUAAGAAAAUCGAUUCUUCGAUAACUGAAUUCAUAAAGAAAUGGCCAGAUAUGAUGUUAGACUCUGACCUGUGUACAGUCAUAAAGAGUGUGUCUUAGGAGAAGAAACUAACCUUUUCUUUAAAUGGAUACUGGAUAAUAUUCUGCGUCCAUUGUUUCCUCUACUUGUGUUCAUCUACUUCAACCUAUGAAAUUUACACAGCAGAAUGAUUUGUUGUGAAUUUCUCUGUUACAGCUGAACUGUGAGGUGUUUAAUGAACAGUUGUUGAAAACAUAUGCAAAUAUUAUGACUUAAUGUCAUUCUUUAUUUUGUGUGUACAGCUGUUGUCAGUAGUUCACUGUGUGCAAUAACCUUUAAGAUUUACCAAAAUGUAUUUUCAAUUAAAGCUGACAGCUUUGUA